GUCACUUCUAUCACAGACAACCUGUUUAGGUGAGGGGUAGGCUUCAGAGGGAGGCAGUUGCUUAGGUGAAAAUGGCGCUCAUGCAUGCUUGCCUGUUUUUAUUGCUUUUUUGUUCUGCCUGUAGUUCUCGGUUCAAAGGUGGGACUGGAUCUAGUCCUUUUCUUAGAGAACCUAAUUUAGAGUGGGAGAGAAUGGAGACAAUAGUGGGGGAAUCAGAGACACAAGCACCUGUUCCUGAUGCCAAACUUUGGAGAAGCUCAUCAAGCUCUGGAUCUUCAACACCUACUGCAAAGAAGCUCCCUGAGUAUGUGGUUAUUCCGGCCUCCAAGGUCCAGAAAGAGCUUUUCAAGCCAGAAAAGGGUGCCAGACCUCUCCCUAACUCAAUCAAAGAAAUGCUACAAGUAACUGCCCCGCCUAGUCAACAGGCUGCAUCCAGAAAGAAGAUGAUUGAUAUCCUUUGCCAUGUGGACAGAAUUUAUGUCAGAAUCAGGCGAGAAAUUUUUAAGACUAGGGAUGCUUAUAAAUAUUUGAAAUUAGGCAAGUGCCCUGUUAACGCAGGUACCAAGGAGUAUUACUUCUUCCUGUACCAACUGAGCAAAGAUUGUGGAUUCAAAAAAGAGUAUAAUGUAGAUGAUCUAAAAAUUGGCAACAUGUUGAGCUACAAGCCAACCACACCAGUCAUAAGGGAACUGCCAUUUGACAUCCCACUGCAGUGUAAAUACCCCAGGUUUUUCCGCUCUUACAAAGUUGGCUUCUACCCUAAGCUGCAGGGAGGCACAGUCUUCAAAGCACUCACCCCAAAGAGUAGUUACACCCUCACUCCUCAGGAUGCAUCAGGGAAUGAAAUUGUUGGAGCUAAAACCUACACCUUGGGCCAGCCAAUGUACUUUGAAACAAAGAAAUCCAGUGGUGCUGCAAAAUCUGGAGAUCAGAGAAUGUAUGUCAACAAGUGCUUUAUGACAGCCUCCAAGAACCCAGACUCGAAUACUAAAUAUACAGUCAUCGACAACCAAGGCUGUAUGAUUGAUGGAAAGCUGACUGAUCAGUCGAAGUUUCUCCCUGGAGACUCAAAGAUGGUCCAGAAAUUCAGUGUUGGUGCAUUGAUUUUCAGUUCGUCAGUUUCUUCUUCCUCUUCAUCGUCACAGCAACUUUACAUGCACUGUGAGGUUUCUAUGGGGAAACUUGCACCAACUUCAAGUUUGAAGGCCUGCAACUAUGAUGCAAAAACUAAAAAGUGGAAGGAGCUGUACGGUGAUGAUUCUGUAUGCACCUGCUGUGAUUCCACCUGCUCCUCUGCUUAUCCUAAGGCUUCAAGGAACAUGAUCUCCAGUCACUCUUGGAGGGUCGACUUCAGCAAGGAAGGAAAUGUGGAUUUUGAACCUGAGAUGAAAAUGGCUGUAGAUGGUUUCAAUCUAGAGGACAUCAACAUGGAGGAGCAUAAAGACUUCCUAAACUACUGGGAGCAUGAUUAUUAAAAUAUGAUGACUACUUUUAAAUAAACUAUUUGCUUUA